AUGGCAAUUGCAUCUGAAUCAAAAAAAGAAGUUAUAGAGGAUUUAAUUGAAGCCUUUUCUUUAGCAAAUAUUCCUCUUAAAAAAAUAAACAGUUUACUUCUCUUUUUUAAAAAACACCUUAAAGAAGGUGGUGCAAUUCCCCAAGCCUCUACACUAUGUCAACUUUACUUACCUCAUGUAUUUAAUAAUCAUUUUUCUUUACUCCAAGAUUUUUUUAAUCAAAAAUCUGUAGCAAUAAUAAUGGAUGAAACUAUGGAUGAAUGCUCACAUCAUGUUAAUAAUUCAAUAGUUGGAGAAGUUUUAUUAACUCUUUUGGUUAAAUAUAAUAUUGCUUAUACUUUGCCAAGAUUGUUUGUUUCUGAUUCAGCGGCAUACAUGAAAAAAUGUUAUCGUGAAGUAUUAAAACUAUUUAUGCCGCAGUUAGUUCAUGCACCUUGUUGUGCACAUAUUAUUAAUCUUAUUGG